GAAAUCUGGGAAUCGGCCAGGAGAACGUACUCAGUUAAGGAAAAUUCUGCCGCUACAAUUCAGGUAAAACGGCUCCUACGUAGUCUGGUUCAGGGGGAGCAAACCGUAACCCAGUACUUCAGUGCACUCAUGUGACUUUGGUUGCAAAUCGAUCUGUAUGAUGUUCAUCAAUGGACCUGUCACACCGAUGAAACAUACUACAAACAAGUGGUUGAUCGGGAUCGCUGUUAUGACUUUCUAUUGGGACUUAACGACACCUGUGAGGACAUACGAGGCAGAAUUAUGGGGAUAAAGCCUCUCCCUUCACUUGAAGAGGCCUUUAAUAUGGUCAAGAACGAGGAGAGUCGUAAGGCAUUACUCCAAUUAACACCUCGAGCUCUACCUUCCGCUGAUGCCUUAGCCAUGGUCAUCCGUGGCAAUCUUGAGAAUGAAUCUAGAGGAAAGAAAUUUCUAAGGUGUGAUCAUUGCAAUAAAAAUGGUCAUACACGAGACACCUGCUGGAAGAUUCAUGGAAAACCAGCUCAUUCCAGACACCGAACAAAAGGGGACAGUAAAGGUAUGACAGUGAGCAACAUGCAGGACGGUGAGUUUCUGAACCAGGAAGAGGUUUCUAUUCUCCGGAAAAUCCUAGACAAAUAUACUCAGGAUAAAACAAGUGAUAAAACGACCCCUCAAGUUACUCUAGCACAUGCAGGACUUAGCCUUGGGGAGGGUGAUUGGCAAAGCUAAGGAGUGUCAUGGACUCUACUAUCUAGAAGGCGACUCUAAGACUUCUGUGGUUGAUUCUUCUAUUUCAAGUUCAGUUUUUUCUGCUAUGUCUCAUGAUGACAUAAUGCUAUGGCAUUCUAGGUUAGGUCAUCCAAAUCUUAGUUACAUGAAAAUUCUGUUUCCCAACUCCAUCAAUAAAGAUUUUCAGUUUCAUUGUGAUA